AUGGAGGAAUAUUCUGAGCUUGUCGGCAAUAUACGACGAAUCAAUGAAGCCGGAUUAGAGCGAUGGAUACUUCUCGACCGGGUGAUGCGGAAGAAGUUUAACGACACGUCUGUCAAGUUGGAUCAGAUGCUUGCAGCGAUGGUGAUUCUCCCCGAACGUACAGAAGAAGUCGAGCGUAUCGGCAAAGCGCUCAGCAAAAUUGAAGACUGGUACGUACCGGAGCACUACAGGGUAGACGGCGGUCGAGAUCAGCUGUCGUCUGGUGCGACGGGUCCUUCGCUUGCGGUUGUCGUUGCCGAGCUGAAAGGCUGGCUCUAUGAAAAAGACGAAUCAUCGAGCACGUCGGGAUUUGAACAAAUCCGAGAAGGGCUGACGAAGAAUGCCAAACUUCGCGAAAGGUUGGCCAACAAGGUCGUGAAUGGCUUAUUCGCCCCGUACAUCACGGCAGUGGAAGAGUGUGCCACGGCUCGUUUCUUUUUGGACCUCGAUGAGGCCGGCUCGGGUGAAGACGGAGGGAAGGAGGAGCCGCAGCAGAGUAAGGAUUUGAACGCGGUGAAAGCGGCCGACCCGCCGAAGACAACUGCCAGCAGCGGCGCGCCGGAAGACGGAGGGAAGGAGGAGCCGCAGCAGAGUAAGGAUUUGAACGCGGUGAAAGCGGCCGACCCGAAAAGCGGCACGAAAGAAGACGGAGGGAAGGAGGUGAAGGAGUCAAAAGUGAUGAAGCUCAGCUACGAAAUUGAUGAACAACUAGUGCCAGCCAAGGUGAAGGCGAGUUUCGAGGGGAAGCCGCUACCGCAGAAGUACGACAAGGAAUUACCG